UUCACUUCUGUUCGUUUAAAAACAAAAGCGCUGGCUAGCGCAGCAUAAAGAUAUACACUAGUCGCUCUUCUCCAGCCCAGACAUCACAUCAUUAGCCAAGCCAGCUAGUUAGCUGUUUAUUUUUUUGACAAAAUGUCAACCACAGCUGGCGGCGGAGAGUUUGGCAACCCUCUACGAAAGUUCAAGCUCGUCUUCCUGGGCGAACAGAGUGUUGGGAAGACCUCUCUCAUCACCAGGUUUAUGUAUGACAGUUUCGACAACACUUAUCAGGCAACAAUUGGCAUUGACUUUUUGUCAAAAACCAUGUACCUAGAAGAUCGCACGGUCCGGCUCCAGCUUUGGGACACUGCUGGACAGGAGCGUUUUCGUAGCCUAAUUCCCAGCUACAUCCGUGACUCUACCAUUGCUGUGGUUGUUUAUGACAUCACCAAUCUUAAUUCUUUUCAACAAACUUCAAAGUGGAUUGAUGAUGUUAGAACAGAGAGAGGAAGUGAUGUCAUUAUCAUGCUUGUUGGAAACAAAACAGACUUGGCGGAUAAAAGGCAAGUUUCUAUUGAGGCGGCAGAGAGGAAAGCUCGUGAACUCAAUGUGAUGUACAUAGAGACCAGUGCCAAGGCUGGUUAUAACGUCAAACAGCUGUUCCGUCGUGUUGCUGCUGCAUUGCCCGGGAUGGAUAGCACACCAGAGAAAAGCAAAGAUGACAUGAUCGACAUCAAACUGGAGAAACAGCCAGAGAUGACUGUCACCGAGAGCAGCUGCUCAUGCUAGUACACCUCGCCCCCACCCUGCCUGUCUCCUCCCCACCAACAGCUUGUCUCUCAGUGGCCACUCUCUCUACCCUUGGCACACUGCCAUCGGGAUGGGAGGACCUGUCGUUUCUUUUUUUUCCCUUUUCAACUCAGUGACUUUUCAGAGUAACCGUGUGGAUGUGCAUUACUGUAUUGAAACAGAUUAUCCGAGGGGAAAAAAGUAAACAUUUAAAACAAGGAAUAAGUUCAAUGAUAUGUUCAGAUUUUCAUCCAGUUGCAUGGCAUUAUAUGGGAUUGCAGACUGACAUAGCUAACCGCUCAUGAGUUAUUGCACAGUUCAGAAUCUUAGUGCUGUUACUCUCGUCAUUGUUGUAAAGUAAAACUGCUUGGGAUUAUUUAAAUGACUCUGCAAGGUUGAGUUUUCAGCCAACUGUAUGUAUUUUUUUUAUUUUAUUUUUUAAAUUUUCAAUGGAGAGUUUUGCCUAAACUAUUCUCUAAACUAUCUCUUCUCUCAGAUAACUGAUUAUUUCUGCAUUUUUGUCUUAUUUUGAGGAAGUAUAGACAGGAUCAUACCAGUGAAUUUCAUCACAUUAACACGUAAGACUCAAAUUAACCCUUUUCACUGAUACUAAGUGGAACCAUUCAUUAGAUAUUAUUAAUACCUGAUACAUCCAUAGGCAUAAACUGCCAAAUUCAACAUUGUUAGUAAACCAAAUUUACGUCAUUUUGGACUUUACGUCAAACAGUUCUGCACAAGGGAUGUAUAACCAAGUAAUGAGCAAAUAAAUAUCAUUUUCAUCAAACAGAAGCCAGCAAGUUCAUUAGAAUGCCUACUAACCUGAAGCUAUGUCAAUAAAUUAUAGCAACACUCUUUCCAACGUUGUCAAAUUAGCUGCAUGCAUACUAACAUGUCUGAGGAGAGGUUUUUCAGUUAUUAGAUGCCCCUAAUGUAGAAACAAACUAAAAAUAAAGCCAGUAUUUAGUUUUUCCACGUUGAUGGAAAGUUGUCACUUUGGUCGCUAUGACGUACCCACCAUCUCUCAUUGAUAAUUUGUGUUGUGUUGAUUACACUAUUGCAAGAACUUACAGCAUGCUCACCAUGCAGGAUUUAUAUGGAUAAGAACACAGAUGCCUUGCUUGUUUGUUCACCAACGUUGUGCACUGAAUCAAGCCACAAUAUUGUAAAAUAUAAAAGAAGCCUGCUGACUGGUUCAUGGCUUCACUAGUUGUUUUGUAGAGCUGGUAGAUAA